AUGGCAACUCGCACACAAUUCGAAAACUCAAACGAAAUCGGAGUAUUUUGCAAACUUACCAACGCAUACUGCUUAGUCCCAAUAGGUAGCAAUGAAAACUUUUACAGUGUCUUUGAAAGUGAGUUAGGUGGGCACAUUCCAGUAAUUCACUCCACUAUAGCAGGAACUCGUAUAGUAGGUCGAGUCUCUUGUGGUAAUUCUAAUGGUCUUUUGCUUCCAAGCAUCACAACUGAUGUAGAGCUACAAACCAUUCGAAAUUCUCUCCCAGAUAAAAUCAAAGUCGAAAGAAUUGAUGAAAGACUGUCAGCACUAGGGAAUUGCAUAGCUUGCAAUGACUAUGUUGCUAUAAUUCACCCAGAUUUAGAUAAAGAGACUGAAGAAAUAAUCGCUGAUACCUUAAAAGUCGAAGUUUUCCGUACCAUGGUAGCAGGAAAUGUGCUAGUAGGGAGCUAUUGUGUCCUUACAAACUUAGGUGGAUUGAUACAUCCGAUGAUAGCUGUAGAAGAGCUAGACGAAUUAAGUUCAUUAUUACAAAUUCCAUUAUGUGCUGGCACUGUUAAUAGAGGAAGCGAUGUGCUAGCAGCUGGUCUUGUAGCUAAUGAUUGGAGCGCAUUUUGUGGCCUCGAUACAACGUCGACUGAAAUUUCUGUGAUAGAAAAUAUUUAUCGACUGAACGAAGCAAAAACUUUAGGAGGCCCACAAGGGGUGAGGACAGAAUUGAUGGACACUUAUAAGAAUUAA